CGGACAAAAGUGCAAGUAGAUGGAGCAGUAGAACAUUGAUAAAUUUCAAGCACUUUGACUCAGGUAUGCCUUCUGAAAACACGCCCCUUGUUGGUCCAGAUGUGCCAAGACAGCGCCCAUUUGUUGAUGACGACUUGGUGGACCCUAUAAGUCCGUAUGUUGUUAGAGAAGGAUCCGAAAUACACGGAGGGGGACGGGCCGACGAAAUGAUGAUGCCCAGAUUGCAUCGGUCAAAGACUUUCUCGGAAACACUGAACCCGGAUCCAUCGAUGUCGUUGCCCGUGAGUGUGAAUAACCCGCUGAACCUCGGGAGGAGGCUUAGUGUUUUUCCAGGUAACAAUUUCGAUGAAUUGUACAAAAGAGUUGACUCCUUGAAACUUAUGAGACCGUUUCGUUUAAUUGGACAUGUGAUGCGAUUAGUGGACUGGGAAAACUACAGACUGUCGGACGAAGAAAUUGGGAAACUCAAAAAACGUCAAGUGAAGGAUUUUUAUAGUACACAGAACGAUUUGAUCGAUAGAUAUGAGGACAUUGACAUGCUUCUGGACACGGGAAUCCAGCUUCAAAUGAUACAGAACUAUGCAGACAAUACCUCUACCGACUCGUCUUUUAACAACACUGAAUCUGAUGGUGAUGAUGAUGAGGUUGACGUGGAAGAUCAAACGUUGCUCCCUCAAAAGAAUGACUGUUUGACUGUUCCUAUAAGUUCGAAGAAAAUGAAGAAGAAGUUUAGUGCUGAUACUGAAAUAUCAGAGACUUCGAAAAGUACAAGGAAAAAGCGCCAUAUACUGCCUUCAGCUGUCCCAGGUAACAUUGACUUGGAAGGGGCCAAGAUCUUGGGCUCUCCGCACCAGUCGUCCUCAGCUAUCGUACAAUAUGCUAUUUAUUUCAAUUUCUUUUUGAACGUGGUUUUAUUGGCAGGAAAAAUUGUCGUGGUUUACUUGAGUGAUUCUUUGUCACUUGUUGCCUCAUUGGUUGAUUCUGCGUUGGAUUUUUUGUCGACAUUGAUCAUUUUCAUUGCCAACAAGUAUGCCAUAAAAGCGUCAUCCAAGUUUCCCGUUGGAAGAAAACAACUAGAGCCAAUCGGGGUACUCAUUUUUUCUGUGAUUAUCAUUCUUUCUUUUUCACAAGUGUUAAUCGAAUGUUUGAAACAGCUUUUGGCUAGUGGAGCAGACAAGGAAACGGUGACGUUAACAAAAACCGCCAUUGUCAUUAUGGUUGGUACGAUCAGUACGAAGUUCAUUGGUUAUGAGCUAUGCAAAAAUAUCAACAACUCUUCUGUUCAAGCUUUGGUGGAAGAUGCCAAGACAGAUAUAGUUUUCAACGUCUUUUCGUUGAUUUUUCCUGCUAUAGGUGUUUUCCUGGACAUUUGGUGGUUUGAUCCAUUAGGUGCAACGCUGUUGUGUUGUUAUGUCAUAGUGCAAUGGUGGAUGAUCACGUUUGAGCACAUUGAUCAUUUGAGUGGAUCGAAUGCGCCAAAAGAAGACUAUCAGCAGGUGUUGUACAUGAUCGUACGUUUUACCGACGAAAUAGCAAAAGUUAAGAACUACAGGCUGUACCAUAUGGGAGAUCAAGUUAAUGCAGAAGUCGACAUCGUUCUACAGAACCCAGAGAUGUCGCUGAAGGACUGUCAUGAUUUGGGAGAAUCGUUGCAGUAUGCCAUCGAGACCCUUCCGUAUGUAAACCGGUGUUUCGUGCAUAUAGAUUACAAGGUGCGUAACUAUGUCGGACACCUUAACGGGUAAGCUAUAAAGUCAUGUCUUAAAUAUCUAAAUAAUAAUAUGUACACUUACGUUAUUUUUGAACGAAUAUAUUCCAAGCAUAAAGGAA